UGUGUAUAAGAAAUGUAAACACCGUCCUAUAUGCGAUAACAAACGUUACAAAUUCCUAUUCCAAAAUUCUCUUAUUGCCUACGUUACAAAGAUUUAAUUAUUAAAAUGUAUAAAAGCAUACGUGAGAUGCUAUGAAAGAAAAAAUCAACACAUUAAUUUUUUCAUUAAGGAAACUAAGCGCUUAUCAUGAGAAUAUAUAAUAAAGAAACAACAAAAUCUGCCUCACUUUACAAGAACAUGUUUUUCAUAUAUGGAUUUUAAUCAAUGUGUUUUUAAGGAACUACGCAAAUUUAAUUAUCAACUCUGUACUAUUCAACGUUACAUCAGUUUUGAAAAGAAGAGACAUAUAAAUAAAAAUGAAAGAAAAGUUGAUUAAUUUUGCAAUUUCCGCACCGAGCAGAAUUGUCUUAUCCGGGAAGGACUCGGCAGCGUAUGGAAAACAUUUGGUAGCGGCCGCUUUAGAUAUUCGUACCAAGCUCGAAUUCCGCGAACUAUCAGAGUCAGAAGGAAAAAUAAUUAAGAUUGAUUUUAAUCGUGUUGCUCUACAAAAGGAUAUACCUAUAGAAAUUGUUGAAAGCUAUUUUUUUCAUACAAAUCUCUCAGAAAUUUAUUAUAAAAAUCCAAUCGAAUUUCUCCGAUACAUAACAUACUUUAUCACCACACACGGUUUGUGGAGCACACAUGACCAAAAAUUUAGCUUACAAAUGUUCUUUUACUUGUUUUAUUCUAUGACUUAUGAUCUCGAAAGGAAACCUUUUCACGUGCAAGUUUCCACGAAUUUACCCGCAGGCUCUGGUCUUGGCAGUUCGACAUCGUUCGCUGUAUGUCUAGCAGCGUGUUUUCUUCAUUGGAAAUGUCUACAGGGUGGUCAUCAUAUUAGCUUUAAUGAUGAGGAGUUAAUGAUGAUUAAACGUUAUACUGAAACUUGUGAGAAUAUUAUGCAAGAAGAUGUAUUCCCAUCGAUCGAUGCUGAAAUUUGCAUACGCGGCAAAAUAAGAUCACACCAAUAUGUGCAUUAUGAAUCUUAUUUUGCAGAUGUCAUAAAUUUACAAAAAGUUAUAAAGAUUCUAAUAAUCCAAAAGAGAUUGUAUCAAACAGCUAAAAAAGACCGUACGGAACAAAUGGCACAUCAUAAGUUUUUUGAUUCCGAAUUUGAUUCAGUCAUAAAUAAAUUUGACGAAAUAGCAAAAUCAAUAUAUAAUAGACUUGAUGAUAUUAAUAACAACAGUAAUGCCAAUAUUUUUCCGAGUCGUGAUUACAAUGACUUACAGAAAGACAUUACGAGGAAUCAACAAUUAUUGAAUGAGUAUCGUUUGUCGCCUCCGACGUUUAAUGCAGUUUGGAUUAUUGCAAAUAAAUUUGGAUAUGGAGCGAAGCAGACAGGUUUUGGAGGAAGAUUUGCAUACAUUGUGCUACAACCAGAUAUUACAGACGCAAUGAUCGAUUCUAUAAAAAAAGUAUACUAUGAUGCACGUAUAAUGACAAGAGUUGCCACGAUCGAUCGUGAAGGAGUAAAAAUUGAUAAUUCAUGAUGCGAUUAGAAUUAUAGCGAAUAAUAAAUAUAUAAAUAAAAAUUAAAUAAUGAUAAAUGUAA